AUGGAUCGAAGUGCAAUUCAUACAAGGCCGUCAACAUUGCCGAUUUCCGUUCGCAACGUGACAAACGGCCAUUCUCAGGGCCUGGUUCAUGUUCCUGGUUCUAAUUUGGCCAAUGGUCAACAUGUGCCGAUUUCCGUUCGCAACGUGACAAACGCCCUUCUCUCAGCCAAUGGUCAACAUGUGCCGAUUUCCGUUCGCAACGUGACAAACGGCCCUUCUCAGGGCCUGGUUCAUGUUCCUGGUUCUAAUACUUCAAAUGGUACGUCGAACGUCACCAAUGGUCAACAUGUUCCGAUUUCCGUUUGCAACGUAAAAAACGGCCCUUCUUUGAAUAAUGAUGCAUCCAUUGGCAAGAUACCACUUCAUUUUUGUGAACGCUGCAAUCAAUCAUUCAAUUCUAAAUGGAAUCUAAAACGACAUAAUAAACGAAUACAUGACGUUGAUAAAAGCACAUCUAAAAAUUUAUAUGAGUGCUGUCUAUGCAGAAAAAAGUAUGCCGGUUAUUUAGCAGUCCAUUUAAAAUCUGCACAUGGCGUCGAAAUUCAGGUGAAAAAUUUGGAAUUUAAAGAUUUUGAAAUGUUCAAAUCAUUUUUGGAGAAAACUGAAGAAGAAACGUGCUCCAAUUAUUUGACAAGAAGAAUUGAACGGGAUUCCAAUCAGCAAGUUAUAACUGCAAAUUAUAUUUGUUCGCGCCGUGGAACCAUACCGGCUAAUAGAUCGGAGCGAAAAAGAGCUCCGAAAUCGAACAAAACAAUCAAAAUCGGCAAUAUAUGUCCAUCACAAAUCAGUUUGACCAGAAACAAAAAUGGCACAUACACUGCCAAAUGGACAACAACUCAUGUUGGACAUGAAUUAGACAUGAAAUUUUGUCGAUUGCCAAACAAAUACAAAGAAUCGAUUGCUCAUUAUCUCAAGAUCGGAUUGCAACCAUCCGUUAUAAAGAAAAAAAUGCGCAAUCUUUUGGAUGAUUCGGAUAAAAUAACUAUGGCACAGAUGGUCACUACCAAAGAUAUAAACAAUAUCAAAAAACAAUAUAAUACUGAAGAUAUCGCUGAAGAAUCUUUGUCUACAUUCAUCGAUUAUUUAAAAACUUCGUCGUGCUCGGUGAUAUAUUUCAAAGAUAUUGGCAAAGCAAUCGAUGGUUUUCACGAAGAUGAUUUCUUAAUCAUAUUACAGGCUAAUAGCCAAAAAGAUAUGAUGAAGGAAAAUUCUGAAAUAAUAUCGAUAGAUUCAACUCAUGACUCGAGCAUCAAAGGUUUGAUAUUGACGACAAUAAUGUGUCGGGAUAAAAUGAAGGUCGGUUAUCCUUGCGCAUUUUUGCUUUCAAAUAAAGUGAAUUUCAAAUUCAUCACUUUUUAUUUUGAAAAAAUUAAAAUUAACCUUGGUCAAAAUUUGAAGUCAAACAUCGUUAUGACCGAUAUGGAGAUAUUGUUUUCCAAUGCAUGGAAACAUAUCUUUGGAAAUUGUAUUUUCCUGUAUUGUUCUUUUCAUGUGAAAAAGGCAUUCAACCAGAAUUUAAAUGCCAAAAUAUCGGAUAAGAAAAUCCGAGAUGCGGUACGUUCAUCAGUAAUGAAAUUACUGACAAAUCUCGAUCCACAAAACUUCGAAAAUGAGAAGAAUAAAUUUUUGGAUAAUUAUUUACAUCAAAAUGAAACCAAUGGAUUUGCCAAAUAUAUGCUGCAAUAUUAUUUGGCAAACGAUUCACGAUAUCCACCAGAAAGGCCAAAACUGAUAUCAUCGAAUGAUUGUUGA